AUGUAAUUAGAGAAAUCAUUUAUGAUCAUUGAACAACUUAUUGUUUCAAAAAUGGCUACUAUGAAAACUAUGCAAUUAGAAAUGAAAUGUAUUAUUGAACGGCAUAAUGUUAUAAAAAUUAUUACAUGUGAGGGAGAAUGUUAGAAUUUUUGUAUUGAUAUACAAUGUAAAGUGAAUAUUUAGAUGAUUUAUUACUGACUGAUGGGAGGUCACGACGCACACCAUCACGGUCCAUCAUACCAAAUACCCAACCAUGAUAUUUAUAAAGUGGAAGAUGUACCAGAAUUGAAACAUGUUCAAGAAGAAUUAGCCAAGAAAGGAUUGAGAGAUCCUUGGCUGAGAAAUCAAGUGUGGCGCUACAAAAGAAGUGCAUCGCCUUUUAUACGCGGAUUAAUAUGUGUAACGAGAGGCUGGAGAAUUGCUAUACCAGCAUUCCUCAUAACUAUCGCUGUUGAACAAUAUUUUGGGAUCGAUUACUCAGGACAUGGACAUCAUGGGGACAAGCAUGGAAAUGGUCAUCAUUAGUGUUCGCUUUGGAUAUGAAUGUAAUACAAGGAAGUAAGAAAUAGUAAAGUGUAACGAUAUCUAAAUAAGCUACGAAAAUAAAUUAUAAAAGUAAUAACUAUAAUGUAUUAGUUAAUAUUUGUUUAAUUAAUUAUUGUUUAAUUUUAUCACAGUUACAUUAGGAAUCUCUUGUCCAAUAAUGAUUUAUUGCAGAGAUUUCUCUUAACAUUGCAUCUAAUGAUUAUUAAGAAUAAUUGUGAUAUGACAACCGUUGCUAUACAAGCGAAAAUGUAAGAAUUAUACAACGCCAAAAAGAAGGCAAACACUGUAAUUUCAAAUGUCACUAAUAACCAUUCGUUUCCAUGAAGCACCACUUUGUUGAAGGAAUAAUUGUUAUCUGCAAAAAUAAAAUUAAUUUCGUUAAAAUGACAAUAAA